AUGUUAGAGUCUUUAGCUGCUAAUUUGCUAAACCGAUUGCUAGGCUCAUAUGUGGAAAAUUUCGACCCUAAUCAAUUAAAUGUCGGCAUAUGGAGUGGUGAUGUGAAGUUAAAAAACUUAAAACUAAGAAAAGACUGUUUGGACUCAUUAAAUUUACCCAUAGAUGUGAAAUCAGGGAUACUGGGUGAUUUGGUCUUAACGGUCCCAUGGUCAAGUUUAAAGAAUAAGCCCGUGAAAAUCAUUAUCGAGGACUGUUAUUUAUUAUGCUCACCACGUUCAGAAGAUCACGAAAAUGAUGAGGAGAUGAUAAAGAGAGCUUUUCGGUUGAAGAUGAGGAAGGUAAGUGAAUGGGAACUGACAAAUCAGGCUCGCAUACUGAGUACCCAAUCAGAGAACAAAACCUCUUCUUCUUCUUCAGAAAAAAAUAACGCCGGGUUUAUGCAGUCUUUGACUACAAAGAUCAUAGACAAUUUACAAGUUACCAUAAAAAAUAUCCAUUUAAGGUACGAGGACAUGGACGGAAUCUUCACUACAGGCCCAUCUUCCGUUGGAUUAACUUUGAACGAGCUAUCAGCUGUAUCUACAGAUUCCAACUGGGCUCCAAGUUUCAUUGAUAUUACACAGAAUAUCACGCAUAAACUAUUGACUUUAAAUUCACUCUGUUUGUAUUGGAAUACAGACUCUCCGCCCUUGAUUUCUGAUGAUGAUCAAGAUAGAAGCCUGGAAAAUUUUGUAAGGGGUUUCAAAGAUAUGAUUGCAUCGAAAAAUUCCACUGCCCCCAAGCAUCAAUACAUUUUGAAACCGGUUAGCGGGCUAGGGAAGCUUAGUAUCAACAAGCUGGGUUCCACGGAGGAACAACCUCACAUUGACUUGCAAAUGUUUUAUGAUGAAUUUGGUUUAGAAUUAGAUGAUACAGAAUAUAAUGAUAUCUUGCAUGUCCUCUCCAGUAUACAGUUAAGACAAAUUACCAAAAAGUUUAAGAAAGCAAGACCAUCCUUCGCAGUUAGUGAAAACCCGACAGAAUGGUUUAAAUACAUUGCUGCUUGUGUUAUUAAUGAAAUUCAUGAAAAAAACAAAAUGUGGACUUGGGAAAGCAUGAAGGAGAAAUGUGAACAACGGAGGUUGUACACAAAAUUAUGGGUUGAAAAGUUAAAGUUAAAAAAUUUAGAAGCUCCGCUACGUGACCCCAUUCAGGAGGCUCAAUUAUCUGAAUUGCAUAAAGAUUUAACGUAUGAUGAAAUUAUUCUCUUCAGAUCUGUCGCUAAGAGACAGUACGCGCAAUAUAAGUUGGGCAUGACGGAAGACUCACCCACACCAACAGCUAGCUCAAAUAUUGAACCACAAACUUCCAACAAGUCCGCAACUAAAAAUAAUGGAAGCUGGCUCUCUUCUUGGUGGAACGGUAAACCUACAGAAGAAGUAGACGAAGAUUUAAUAAUGACUGAAGAACAGCGUCAGGAGCUUUAUGAUGCUAUUGAAUUUGACGAGAAUGAAGAUAAAGGUCCUGUACUGCAAGUUCCUAGAGAAAGGGUUGAACUUCGUGUAACGAGUUUGUUAAAAAAGGGUUCAUUCACUAUACGAAAGAAGAAGCAAAAUCUAAAUUUGGGUUCCAUAAUUUUUGAAAAUUGUAAAGUUGAUUUUGCUCAAAGACCUGAUUCAUUUUUAUCGAGUUUCCAAUUGAACAAAUUCAGUCUCGAAGAUGGCUCACCCAACGCGUUAUAUAAACAUAUCAUUAGUGUCAGAAACUCAUCUAAAGAUCAAUCUUCAAUUGACAACCACGCUACCGGGGAGGAAGAAGAAGAGGAUGAACCUUUAUUACGUGCUUCAUUUGAAUUGAAUCCACUAGAUGGAUUAGCAGAUUCGAACUUAAACAUUAAGUUAUUGGGAAUGACUGUGUUUUACCACGUUCAUUUCAUUACAGAGGUCCACAAGUUUUUUAAGGCGUCAAACCAACACAUGGAAACAAUCGGCAAUAUCGUAAACGCCGCCGAGGCAACUGUAGAAGGUUGGACAACACAAACAAGAAUGGGUAUUGAGUCUUUGUUGGAAGACCACAAGACCGUAAAUGUAUCUUUAGAUUUACAAGCACCAUUAAUCAUAUUACCGUUAGACCCACAUGAUUGGGAUACCCCUUGUGCGAUCAUUGAUGCCGGUCAUAUGUCUAUACUCAGUGAUUUAGUGCCAAAGGAGAAGAUAAAGGAAAUAAAAGAGUUAUCGCCGGAAGAAUAUGACAAGAUUGACGGUAACGAAAUCAAUAGGUUAAUGUUUGAUAGGUUCCAAAUUUUAUCUCAGGAUACUCAGAUAUUUGUUGGUCCUGAUAUUCAGUCUACUAUAGGUAAGAUCAAUACCGCCUCUUCCACGAAUGAUUUUAGAAUCUUGGAUAAAAUGAAAUUAGAGUUAACUGUAGAUCUAUCAAUCCUUCCUAAAGCAUAUAAAUUACCCACGAUAAGAGUUUUUGGUCAUUUGCCUCGCUUAAGUCUUUCCAUAAAUGACAUUCAAUACAAGACUAUUAUGAAUUUGAUUGCUAAUUCUAUACCUUCUAUGAUUGAUGAUGAAGAAAACAACGGCGAUUACGUUAAUUACUCUUCUGGUUCCGAAAAAGAAAUGAAGAAGCAAAUUCAAUUGCAGUUGAAGAAUACUUUGAAAGCGUUAGAAAAUAUGCAGCCGCUUCAAAUUGAACAGAAAUUCUUAGAGCUCCAUUUUGAUAUCGAUCAGGCGAAAAUAGCAUUCUUUCAAUGUAUCAAAAAUGAUUCCAGAAACAGCGAAAAAUUGGUUGAUAUAUUGUGUCAAAGGCUAAAUUUCAAUUUUGAUAAGAGAGCCAAAGAAAUGAAUUUAGAUCUAAGAGUACAUUCAUUAGAUGUUGAAGAUUACAUCGAGCUGACUGAUAACAAGGAAUUCAAAAACUUGAUAUCAUCCGGCGUUGAAAAAGUGACAAGAUCUCAAAAAGAUUUGUUUACGCUAAAAUACAAGAGAGUGCAGAGAAUUGUGCCUCAUAACGAUACUUUGAUUGAAUUAUUCGAUCAAGAUAUUGUUAUGCAUAUGAGUGAAUUGCAAUUGGUAUUAACACCUAGAUCUGUAUUAACUUUAAUGAAUUAUGCAAUGCUUACUUUUACGGAUCCUAACGCUCCAGAAAUGCCGGCUGAUGUGUUGAGACAUAAUAAAGAAGAUAGGGACGAUGCGCCACAAAAAAUCAAUAUGAAAAUUAAAAUGGAGGCCGUCAAUGUUAUUUUUAAUGAUGAUUCUAUAAAGCUGGCAACGUUAGUUCUAUCGGCUGGUGAAUUCACAAUGGUUUUACUACCGGAAAGAUACAACAUUAACUUAAAAUUAGGCGGGUUGGAGUUGACUGAUGAAACAAAUGAAUCGUUUUCCAGGGAUUCGGUAUUUAGAAAAAUAAUUCAAAUGAAAGGUCAAGAACUAGUCGAAUUGAGCUAUGAAUCAUUCGAUCCGGCUACAAAUACCAAAGAUUAUGAUUCGUUUUUAAAAUAUUCUACGGGCUCUAUGCAUGUUAAUUUUAUCGAAAGUGCUGUUAACAGAAUGGUUAACUUUUUUGCUAAAUUUCAAAAAUCUAAAGUAUCCUUUGAUAGAGCUCGUCUUGCAGCGUACAACCAAGCCCCUUCCAUUGACGCCGUAAAUAACAUGAAAAUGGACAUAGUAAUCAAGGCACCUAUUAUCCAGUUUCCUAAAUUAGUAGGCACACAAGAGAACAAUUACGAUACAAUGCGGUUUUAUUUGGGUGAGUUCUUUAUUGAAAACAAAUUUUCGGUAAUAGACGAAUCUCAUAAAAUAAACCAUAUCAAACUUGGUGUCCGCGAGGGCCAAUUAUCCUCGAACUUAAACUUCGAUGGUUCCAGUCAACAAUUGUAUCUAGUUGAAAAUAUAGGUUUACUUUUCAAUAUAGACAGAGAUCCCCUUCCGCAAGAUGACACUCCAGAACUUAAAGUAACGAGUAAUUUUGAAUCAUUUGCGUUGGAUUUGACUGAGAACCAGCUGACUUACUUAUUAGAAAUUUCCAAUAAAGUAUCCUCUGCAUUCAAUAUCACAGACGAAAACUCUGGUGAAUCAGGAGGAAAAGGCGAGAUCAAAAGUCCCUCUCCUGACCCUGCUUCUUUAAGUAGCGAAAGCGAACGCACAGCUACUCCUCAGUCUCUACAGGGAUCGAAUAAAAGCAAUAUAAAAAAUCCAGAACAAAAAUACUUGGAUUUUUCUUUUAAAGCUCCAAAGAUUGCCCUUACUUUAUAUAACAAGACAAAGGGCGUCACUUCUUUGAAUGACUGUGGUCUGACAAGAAUUAUGUUUCAAGACAUUGGGUGCAGCCUUGGUUUAAAGAAUGAUGGGACCGUCGAUGGUCAAGCACAUGUUGCUGCUUUCCGGAUAGAAGAUGUUCGUAAUAUAAAAGAUAAUAAGCAUACAGAACUAAUACCAAAGAGUAAGAAUAAAGAAUAUCAAUUUGUGGCUAAUAUUUCCAGAAAGAACUUAGAGGUCGGACGGCUAUUGAACAUUUCGAUGACAAUGGACAGUCCGAAAAUGAUUUUGGCAAUGGACUAUUUGGUUUCUCUCAAAGAAUUUUUUGAUGCAAUUAUGUCCAAAAGCCACGAAAACAAUUUAUACUAUCCUGAAAACACAAACCAAAAGCCUGAAAACAAGGCUAUUGUUGAAAGCGUUCAAGAAGGUGGUGAUGUGACUAAAAUCCAAUACUCUGUUAAUAUCAUCGAAACGGCUCUGAUCUUACUUGCUGAUCCUUGCGACAUGAAUAGUGAGGCUAUUUCUUUCAAGAUAGGACAAUUUUUAGUAACCGAUCAGAAUAUUAUGACAGUUGCAGCCAAUAAUGUUGGUAUCUUCCUAUUCAAAAUGAAUUCGUCUGAAGAAAAAUUGAGAUUAUUGGACGACUUUUCAUCCUCCUUGACAAUUGAUAAAAGAAACUCAACUCCUCAGACCCUAAUGACGAAUAUACAGCUUUCCGUUCAGCCCCUGUUGAUGCGUAUUUCACUUAGAGAUAUUCGUCUGGCGAUGUUAAUAUUCAAACGAGUUACCACAUUGCUAAAUAAGAUGACGGAAAAAGAGGAUAAUGGAGAGGAGGAGGAGAGCACAGACAAAAUACAAUUUUCUCAUGAAUUUGAAAGGAAAUUAGCGGUGUUGGAUCCAAGCAUUUUAGGUGAGCGCAGCAGGGCUAGCCAGAGCUCAGAUUCCGAAUCAAUUGAAGUGCCUACUGCAAUUUUGAAAAACGAAACAUUCAAUGCUGACUUAGGCGGACUGAGAUUUAUUUUAAUUGGUGACGUCCAUGAAAUGCCAAUAUUGGACAUGAAUGUAAAUGAAAUCACUGCUUCAGCAAAGGAUUGGUCUACCGACUUUGAAGCUCUUGCUUCUCUAGAAACCUAUGUUAACAUAUUCAACUAUUCGAGAUCUAGCUGGGAGCCACUUCUGGAGAUGAUUCCAAUAACAUUCCACCUAUCAAAAGGGCAUUCUGAAAUGGAUCCUGCUUUCUCUUUUGAUAUUUUAACUCAAAGAAUCGCGGAAAUUACACUUUCUGCUAGGUCAAUCGCUAUGCUUUCUCACAUCCCGGCGUCUCUAACCGAAGAGCUGCCCUUAGCUUCCAGGGUAUCUCAGAAGCCAUAUCAACUGGUAAACGAUACAGAAUUAGAUUUUGACGUCUGGAUACAGGAUAAAACGACUGAAGACAACAAAAACGAAGUUGUGCUCUUAAAAGCAAACACUUCUCUUCCUUGGGAAUUUGAAGAUUGGAGAAGUAUUAGAGAGAAAUUGGAUAUUGAUAAGUCGAAGAACAUUUUGGGUGUUUGUGUUUCUGGGCAAAAUUAUAAAACCAUUAUGAAUAUUGAUGCCACAACAGAAGGUGAAAACUUGCAUGUUUUGAGCCCACCAAGAAAUAAUGUGCAUAAUAGAAUUGUUUGUGAGGCCAGAUGUGAUGAGAAUAACGUGAAGAUUAUUACGUUUAGGUCAACUUUAGUUAUCGAAAACACAACUUCAACUGAGAUUGAGCUUUUGGUUGACUCCAAAGAUCCAAAUAAGCCAUCUUUAAAAUAUGCUAUUAAACCACAUCAAAGUAAAUCUGUUCCUGUAGAAUAUGCCUACGAUUCUGAUAUUAGGAUAAGACCCGCAUCAGAGGAUAUAUACGAUUGGUCUCAACAGACGUUAUCUUGGAAAAGCUUGUUGAGCAACCAAAUGUCUAUAUUCUGUUCUUCAAAAGAAGAUUCCAAUCAAAGAUUUCAUUUCGAAAUUGGUGCAAAGUAUGAUGAAAGAGAACCAUUGGCAAAGAUCUUUCCUCAUAUGAAAAUCGUGGUUUCGGCAUCUAUGACUAUUGAAAAUUUACUUCCAGCAGAUAUUAACUUCUCUAUUUUUGACAAAAGAGAGGAGAAGAGAACAGAUUUCUUGAAGACUGGAGAAAGUAUGGAAGUUCAUCAUAUUUCUUUGGAUAGUUUCCUGCUAAUGUCUGUUCAACCAUUACAAGAUGAGGCUUCUGCUUCAAAGCCCUCCAUCGUUAAUACACCACAUAAAAGUCCUUUAAACCCAGAAGAUUCGUUGUCUUUGACCCUAUCUGGAGGUCAGAAUUUGUUGUUGAAACUAGAUUAUAAAAACAUCGAUGGUACAAGGUCCAAAGUUAUUCGGAUAUACUCCCCUUAUAUUAUUAUGAACUCUACCGAUAGAGAACUCUACAUUCAAAGUAGUCUCUUAAAUAUUGCACAAUCCAAGAUUUUGCUUGAAAACGAAAAAAGAUAUACUAUUCCAAAAAUGUUUUCAUUUGAUAAAGAAGAUGAUAAAAGUAACAGAGCUCGUAUUAGGUUCAAGGAAUCAGAGUGGAGUUCCAAAUUAUCAUUUGACGCUAUUGGCCAAUCAUUUGAUGCAUCUGUUCGCAUAAAAAAUAAGGAACAAGAAUCAAAUUUAGGCAUCAACAUUAGCGAAGGUAAAGGGAAGUACUUGCUAAGUAAAGUUAUUGAGAUUGCACCUAGGUAUAUUAUAAGCAAUACUUUAGAUAUCCCUAUUGAAGUUUGCGAGACAGGGUCUAUGGAUGUCCAGCAAAUAGAAUCGAACAUCACUAAGCCUUUAUACAGGAUGAGAAACAUCGUCGACAAGCAAUUAGUGCUGAAAUUCUUAGGCGGAGACUCCAAUUGGUCACAACCAUUCUUUAUCAAAAAUGUCGGUGUAACAUAUUUGAAAGUUUUGAAAAAUUCACGCCAUAAGCUUUUAAAGAUUGAAAUUCUUUUGGACAAAGCAACAAUAUUCAUAAGAAUCAAGGACGGUGGUGACAGAUGGCCAUUUUCCAUAAGAAAUUUCAGCGACCAUGACUUUAUAUUUUACCAAAGAGAUCCUCGUAAAGUUAGUGAUCCAUACAAGGAUGACCAGUCUAACGAGUCCUCAAGCCGUAGUUUCAAACCUAUCUUUUACAGGAUUCCCUCGAAAAGUAUUAUGCCAUACGCAUGGGAUUUUCCUACAGCUAAGGAGAAAUAUCUGGUGUUAGAAUCAGGUACACGUACAAGGGAAGUUCGGUUGGCUGAGAUUGGCGAAUUGCCACCGUUACGCCUGGAUAAAAGGUCAAAGGAUAAACCAGCCCCCAUUGUUGGAUUACAUGUUGUUGCUGACGACGAUAUGCAGGCCUUAGUUAUUGUUAACUAUAAGGCCAAUGUUGGGUUAUACAAAUUGAAAACUGCCUCUGCAACUACCACGUCUUCAGUUUCAGUAAAUAGUUCAGUGACUGAUGGCUUUGUGCAAAAGGAUGAGGAUGAGAAGGUUAAUACACAGAUAGUUGUUUCGUUCAAAGGAGUUGGUAUCUCAUUAAUCAAUGGUCGUUUACAGGAACUUCUAUAUAUUAACAUGAGAGGGAUCGAAUUAAGAUACAAUGAAUCUAAAGCAUACCAGACUUUCAGUUGGAAAAUGAAAUGGAUGCAAAUAGAUAAUCAAUUAUUUUCAGGAAACUACUCAAAUAUUCUAUAUCCAACAGAAAUCCCCUACACAGAAAAGGAAAUUGAAAAUCAUCCAGUGAUAUCAGGUUCUAUUUCUAAAGUCAACGAUUCCUUACAGGCUGUCCCAUACUUUAAACAUGUUACGUUAUUAAUCCAGGAAUUUUCCAUACAAUUAGAUGAAGACAUGCUGUAUGCUAUGAUGGACUUCAUAAAAUUCCCAGGAUCCCCAUGGAUCAUGGAUUCAAGAGAUUAUAAGUACGAUGAAGAAAUCCAGUUACCUGAUGUUUCUGAAUUAAAAACGGCGGGUGAUAUAUAUUUCGAGAUCUUCCAUAUUCAGCCCACCGUCUUACAUCUGUCCUUUAUACGCUCCGAUGAAAUUAGUCCAGGAUUGGCUGAAGAGACCGAGGAGUCAUUUUCGUCAUCAUUGUACUAUGUCCAUAUGUUUGCUAUGACAUUAGGUAAUAUAAAUGAGGCGCCGGUUAAAGUUAAUUCUUUGUUCAUGGAUAAUGUAAGAGUCCCAUUGCCCAUUCUGAUGGACCAUAUUGAGAGACACUAUACGACCCAGUUCGUGUAUCAGAUCCACAAAAUUUUAGGAUCAGCAGAUUGUUUUGGUAAUCCUGUAGGUCUUUUCAACACAAUUAGUUCCGGUGUCUGGGACUUAUUCUAUGAACCAUAUCAAGGUUACAUGAUGAAUGAUAGGCCUCAAGAAAUUGGUAUACAUCUGGCUAAAGGUGGACUAAGUUUUGCAAAGAAAACAGUCUUUGGCCUCUCUGAUAGUAUGUCCAAGUUUACGGGGUCGAUGGCCAAGGGCCUGUCAGUUACACAAGAUCUGGAAUUCCAAAGGGUCAGGAGAUUACAACAAAGAAUAAAUAAAAACAACAGGAAUGCCUUGGCAAACUCAGCGCAAUCCUUUGCCAGCACACUGGGAAGCGGGUUGAGCGGAAUUGCACUGGACCCAUACAAGGCCAUGCAAAAGGAAGGCGCCGCUGGUUUCCUCAAAGGCCUUGGUAAAGGUAUCGUUGGGCUGCCAACUAAGACAGCCAUUGGAUUCUUAGAUCUUACAAGUAACUUAAGUCAAGGCGUGAAAAGUACCACCACUGUGCUUGACAUGCAAAAGGGUUGCAGAGUGCGUCUACCAAGGUACGUGGACCAUGAUCAAAUCAUCAAGCCUUAUGAUCUACGUGAGGCCCAAGGACAAUACUGGCUCAAGACCGUGAAUGGAGGAGUAUUUAUGAAUGAUGAAUACCUGUCGCACGUUAUAUUGCCAGGCAAAGAACUAGCAGUAAUUGUGUCCAUGCAGCACAUUGCUGAGGUGCAAAUGGCCACCCAAGAGCUUAUGUGGAGCACAGGAUAUCCUUCCAUCCAGGGAAUUACAUUGGAAAGAUCCGGUCUUCAAAUUAAACUCAAGUCUCAAUCCGAAUACUUCAUUCCCAUCAGCGAUCCUGAAGAACGUCGGUCCUUGUACAGGAACAUCGCCAUUGCUGUUAGAGAAUACAAUAAGUACUGUGAAGCUAUCCUAUGA